UCUUCUCAUCUUCUCACCUCCGUUAUAAAUCCUCCUCUCACUGUCAAAAGGGCCUGAACCAUGAUUUGUAACUGUCACUCGUUCUGUUUGUUUCUAUUCUCUGCUGGAACAAUACGACCGUGAGUCACAGUGGGAUGAAUCAUUUUAUGGUUAAUGAUGCGAGCUCUUCCUUGUCUUCCUCCUCCUCCUCUCGUGCCUGCAGCACAGUGCGUGCCCACUCAGGUCCAGCGUAUAAGGGCGUGUGUAAGAACUUCUCCAGGUCACAAGGUCACGGCUUCAUCCGGCCCUCCCACGGCGGCGAAGACAUCUUCGUUCACAUUUCAGACAUUGACGGGGAGUACGUCCCGGUCGAGGGCGACGAGGUCACGUACAAAGUGAGCCGGGUCCCGCCCAAAAACCUGAAGGUGCAGGCGGUGGAGGUGAAGAUCACACAUCUCAACCCAGGGACGAAACACGAGACCUGGUCCGGGCAGAUCAUCAGCUCGUAGAACCGGAGUGUCGGGCCUGAGUCUCGUCUCCUCUCAUCUGUUGUGGUCGCUGUCUGAAUCAGUUUGACGUGAAGCUUCGUGGAUUUGUCACAUCAGAGAGCACUUUGUUUGGUGGAGGAGCCACAGUGGUGGUGAUCCCCGUGACGUCUUCUGCUGAGCCUUGAAAGAACAUUAAAGCAUUUUCAGAUCCUCAUCAUGAAGUGUCUCUUUUCGACAAUAACAUCCUCACUUUACACAUUCAAUUCAAAC